GAUUUCUCGCCGUUGAUUAACUUCCUCGCCAUCCUCUCUUAAAUAUUCUCCCCCAGCCAGCCACCCUCGUCCUGCAGCCACGCCUGUUCCCAACGACCACCAUUGUCUCAUCGACCCAGCCUCUCGGUUCUGUUGGUUCCUCGUCUCCUUCGCAAUGGCCCCAGCAGACAGCAUCGAGAUGCAGCCCGACGGCAAGGACGUCGCCGUCGACGCCACCAAGACCGAGGAUGGCGGCUCGUCCGUCUACAACCAGACGCGCACCCGCAGGGUCUUUUCCUUUUCCCAGCUGUUUGCUUUUUCCCUGACGUACAUGUCGCUAUGGGAGGGCAUGUGCACCAACAUGUACUUUGCGCUGUACAAUGGCGGCCCCCAGACCUUCAUCUUCAGCUUCAUCAUCGUCUUCUGCGGCGCCAUCUCCCAGGCCGCCUCGCUCGGUGAGAUGGCGUCCAUCCAGCCCGUCGCCGGAGCCCAGUAUCACUGGACCUACCACCUCGCGCCUCCGUCCGUCCGACGCUUCGCCACCUACGUCCAGGGCUGGGCGACGUGGUUUGGCUACAUCUCGCUGCUGGCCGGCAUUGCCAACGUCACCAUCAUCCUGCUCGAGUCCAUGAUCCAGCUCAACCACCCCAACUACGUCCCUGGCGGCUGGCACACGUCGGUUCUGGUCAUCGCCAUGUGCGUGCUCCAGGGCCUGAUGAACACCUACGCCUUUGAGAUGAUCCCCUGGAUUGAGAUGGUUGCCGGUGUUUUGCACGUGUGCCUGUUUGUCGUCUUUGCUGUUGUCCUCGGUGUCAUGGGCAGCCGACACGGUGGCAGCUUCUGGCUCAAGACCAACACCGUUUCCGGCUGGGAUGAUAGCUACAUUGCCUGGAACUUGGGCAUGCUCACCUGUGUGUGGAGUUUCACCGGUUUCGACAGUGCUAUCCACAUGAGUGAGGAGACCCGAAAGGCCAAGUCGGCCGUCCCCCGUGCCAUGUUCUGGUCCAUCUUCAUGAACGGUGUCCUGGGCUUCAUCAUGGUCAACGUGCUGCUCGCUUCAAUGGGUUCCAUUGACGACGCCCUCAACUCGGCCAGCCCCAUCCUCACCAUCCUCCUCACCGUCACUGGCUCCGAGAAGGCCACCACCGCCAUGAUCACCGGCCUCUUCGUCAUCUCUUUCAGCGUCAACCUCGCCAACAUUGCGUCCGUUUCUCGUCUGACCUGGGCCUGGUCCCGUGAUGGUGGCAUGCCAGCCUACUUCGCCUACGUCAGCCCCAAGCACCGCGUUCCCAUCCGUUCCAUCGUGCUGACCGUCUUCCUCGUCUGCGCUCUCUGCCUCCUCAACAUCGGCAGCUCCAGCUACGUCGCCUUCGGUGCCAUUACCUCGCUGUCCUCCAUGGCCCUCUACAUCAGCUACGCCAUCGCCAUUAGCAGCAUUCUGUACGCUCGCUUCAACAGCGCUGGCCUCAAGCUUGGAGAGUGGAACCUUGGUCGCUACGGAUUGUACGUCAACGCUUUCGCCUUGGUUUACACCCUGUACAUCAUCGUCUUCCUCCCCUUCCCAUCGACCCUCCCUGUCACAGCUGCCAACAUGAACUACUGCGGCCCCGUCAUGGUCUUUGUGCUCUUUGUUACCCUCGCCCUGUGGUUCCUCCGUGCGAAAAAGCACUGGACUGGUCCCAACCUCACCAUUCUCGACUUUGUCAUUGCCAACUCUUAGGCGUUUGUCAAGCAAAGUGCCUCGCAUAGCAGGGCCUUGUCUAAUAAUUAUCUGUACGAUAUAAUGCGCGGACAUAGAAACAGUAGAUAGUGACAUGAACCGCCAUGUCUUCAAAUUGAGCGUUAACUACUGCGAUCUCCGAGAUGCUCUACAA